GGUAAACAAUAUUUACCAUGAUGAAUAAUUACUAGUACUGUAUUAAUUUUGCGCAACGUGUCCUCCAGGAAACUAACUAACAUUAGAUACUUACUAACCUAAAAUUGAUAUACAUUUAGUACAAGCAUUCUCAGCCAAAGUGCCGCUAUAAAAGCAUAAUACAGAGAUUCAAGUUAAUUAACUAGGUCUGAGUACCCGUACAAUUAAAAGCUCUGAUCAAGAUUUGUGAGACUAAGGGCAUACCUCUUCUGUCGGUGCACACUGCACAGGAAAUCAUGCUCACGGAUAUUGCAUACACGAUAAGGGACUAGUUUCUUUACAUUGCACAUCGACGCAAAGUUAACCACCACAAUGCACUGUGCCGUGGUGCAAUGGUUAUCAGUCAUUCCGUGCUUUACAUAGGUUUCGCACUUGGCCAUUUCUUUGUGACCUCUCUGAUCCUCCUGGAAGAUCUUAUGCCAAUUGGAUACCUGUUUUAUAACACCGCUUAUAUUGCCGGUUUUGCUUGGGCAGGCUACCAAUCAGAAUCAAAAGAGCCGUUAAUUAUAGUGUUGAUUAUCUGCGUGAUGGCUGUAUGUUUGGAUCUAAUAUCCGUUGUGGCGUACUUUCCAGCAGGUUACACCCCAACGCGGCACACCGCUCCCUUGCUGUACAUGGGUGGCCUCUCCAUUUUCCAGCUUUUCUGUCGCUUCCUGGGAAUGUACUUGAUUUGUCGGGACUACUCAUACCGGGGCGGAAAUGUUCAUGACCUGUUCCCAUGUGCUGCCUGUAUGUGCAGCCGCUUUUUCACCAAAAACGUUAUACCAGCGAUUAAGUCGCACUUCCGCCGAUAAGGAUGAAACAGAUACCGCCCCCUCAUCCAGCAGCGACACUAACCAAGCUGCAACUGCGAGUCAUCCGGCGGCGGAAUGUGGAACAGACACCAACACCGACUACUACCAAAAUGUACGGACUAGUAAUGCUGAAAAUCCUGUCAGCCAAACAGAUGUUCCUCCUGUCUUUCCAGCAACAUGUUCUUGCAAACCUUCGCCCCUGACAGCCGACCAGAAUGAUCCCUGGAGAGUGUACACCUGCAGUUCCGAUGAACUGCCCUUUUGUCAACGACUGAUCAAUGGCACGGGAGAUUAGCGUUAAGCACGUAACCCCAAGGAAUGCAGCCUUCUGCAUUGGCCAUCAAACUUGACAUUCUAAGCUUAUGUGUUGUACGAGUGUGCUAUGAUAUCCAGAUCAUGGCGUUUCAACGAUAUUAAAACUUGCGAAUAAGUGGAUUUGUACAUUUAAACAGAAGCACGAUAACCACAAUAACACAACUA